AUGUUUGGUCAGAACACAUUUGGACAAAGUACGGGUUUUGGGCAACAAACCCAACCCAUAUUUGGAGGAACUAACACACAAACACCAUUUGGUAGUGGUGGAUUUGGGGCAGGAUCUACUUCUACCGGAGGUGGUGGAGGUACUGGUGGAUUUGGUGGCUUUGGACAACCAGCAGCUGGCUCUUCUAAUUUUGCUUUCGGACAACAAGCUCCCACAGGUGGUUUGUUUACACCAAGUGCAGGGCCUUUUGGCAAUACCGGUAUGGCCUCUUCAACCGGGACUCCUACUCAACCUCCCAAUGGAACGCUUAGUCCACCAUAUACAACAACAAAUGAUAAGGACCAAGCUGGAUCUUUAAACAUUUUUCAUAGUAUAUCUGCAAUGCCACAAUAUAGAACCUUUUCAUUUGAGGAACUUCGUCUUUUAGAUUAUCAAUUGAAUCAUAAACCUACAACAGGAUCAACAUUCGGGGGAAUGGGUAAUAAUGCGCCAUCAUUUGGAGCUACAACUACUUCUAGUGUGUUUGGUGGUACAGCAGGUGGUGGUAGUGGUGGUUUUUCUAAUCAAAACACUGCUUUUGGUGCUAAAACUCCUCAAUCUUUUGGAUUUGGUGGUAAUACUCAAACUCCUGCUGCUACUGGAUUUGGUGCCCCUCCGGCGGCUGGUCCCUCAACGUCUCUUUUUGGUGCACAAAAACCUGCUUUCGGUGCACCUGCAGGAGGAGGUUUCGGUACUUCCCAACCAACAGGUGGCUUUGGAACUGGAUUUGGAGGAGGAGCAAGUAAUCCUUUUGGUUCGACUUCUACUGCACAACAAACUGGUGGCUUAUUUGGUGCAAAGACACAGGCUAAUACUGGCUUCGGUGGAAAUAAACCCGCAGCUGCGGCAAGUGCGUUCGGUGCUACUCCUGCCGCUCCAUCUUCCUUCGGUGGUUUUGGUACAAAUACGGCCACUAGCAAUCCACCACAAUUGAAUUUAGGAUUUGCAGCAACGUCUAAACCCGCCUUCGGCUUUAAUCAAUCGUCUGGCACUGCUAGUUUAAAUCUGUUUACAAACUCAGCUACAACAUCAUCCGCACCGAGUGGUUCAUUAUUUACCCUUAAUCCUCCCGCAAGCACAUCAGCACCUUCUUUAGGAUUUAAUUUGUUUAACAAAACAACAGCUCCAACUCUUGGUGGACCUAGUUUGAAUCUUGGACAAGCACAACCAUCCAGUUUUCUAGGUGGUGGAUCUGGUUUAUCGUUUGGAGGUCAAAACAAUCCAUCUGGUUUUGGUCAAACAGGGCAAACUGGACAAUCUCAAUCAUUACAAGCUUCUAUAACGAGUGCACCUUAUGGAAAUUUAUCUAUAUAUCAAACAACUACACCUACAACUUCAAUUAAUAAACUUUCCGUAACUUCUACUCCUUUGUCUACAAUUUCUCAAAAAAAGAAACAGAUAUCAACUCCAUCUCAUAAGUUCUCUCCAAAACCAAAAUCUAAAUUAAAACUCCCUGGAUUUAAUCUUCCUGGUAGUCAAGGAUUUGGAACACCUGAUCUUAAACCAUUGCAUAUAUUCGAUAAUAUAGAUAAGAACCAAUUACUGAGUCCUGAUGCUUUUACAAAGCGUAAUCCUAGAAAAUUAGUAAUGGAUCGAAGGGUUGAACCUGAGGAACUUAUAAAUGAUAUGGAGCAAUCAACGAGCUCCCCACUAAGUUUUCAGACACCCGUUAAAAAAAAUAAUAUAACUUUUGAUGCUACGCUUGAAUCAGGAGCGGAUACCAUUUCUCAUUCAUUUAGUCCUAAUGUUUAUAGAUCAAGUGGUAGUCGAUCAACUAUAAUUCCAGAUAAUAAAGAAAUGCGCACGCCUUCAAUAUCUCCAAUAUCUCCAAUAAAGACGCCACCGCCAAAGAUACAGCCAAAAGCAAUACAACCAAGAACGCCUAUUGCUGAAACAGAUGAAUUUGAACUUAAAUUUAAAGAUGAUGAACCUUUUACCUUAGCUUAUGACGAAAGUAAUGGAUAUUAUUCAAGCCCGCGAAUUAAAGAUCUUAAGGAAAUAGAUCAAGAAUCUUUAAAGUCUGUUAAUGGUUUUAUGGCCGGGAGAUACAAUUACGGAAAAAUUGAAUAUCCAGAUUCGGUAGACCUUAGUGGAAUUAAUCUUGAUGAUUUAUUAGGAAAAAUUAUUCGUUUCGAUGAUCAAAAAUGUACUGUUUACGGUACAGAAUAUCAAAAACCUCCUCCCGGUCAAGGUCUUAAUAAAAGUGCAGUUAUUACUUUAGAUCACUGUUGGGCUUUGGAUAAAAGUGAUCGUCGUCCAAUUAAAGAUCACGAAGAUCCUCGUUACCGACAACGAAUUGAAAGGCUAAAAAAAUUAGAUGGCACUAAAUAUAUCACUUUUAUUCCGGAAACUGGUAGUUGGGUAUUCGAAGUAGAACAUUUCACUACUUAUGGUCUUAUCUUAGAUGAUCCAGAAGAUCAAUUUGAAGAAAGGGAACUUAAAAAUUUCGAAUCUAUUCCUGAAAUGAAACCUUCAAUACAACCUUCGAUACAAUCACAAAAAGGGAAAGAAAAGGAGGAAAAAGAUAAACUUAAGCCUGCAGCUAAUUUACCCGAAUACCUUGGGCAAGAUCCCAAUGAUAUCGAUGAAAUGCAAAAUGUUUUAUUCAGCGAUCCAAUUGAAGAGGAUUAUAUGCAAAUGGAUUAUGUUGGAGAUAAUGCAUCCGAAGAAUUUGAUGAAACUAUUAAUCUUAAGCGAAGUUUGGGAAGUUUUGACGAAGAUUAUCUCCAAGAUGAAUCUCGUUCUACCAUUACGGAGCAUCGUCAGUCUUUCAUGAAGAAGCCUCUCUUUCAUGAAGAUAUAGUUAUUAGGCUCCCCAGCAAAUAUCGUAAGGUUGUAGACUAUAGUGAUUCAAUUGUUUAUGGUAAAGAUAAUUAUAUGGAAGAUUCUGGACUUGUAAUGGGGAGAUCUUUUAGAGUAGGAUGGGGUCCCAAUGGGAUAUUGGUUCGUUGCAGUAAAGUGUGUGGUGUUUCAAAUAUAAUAUCAGCGUUUUCACCUUUUUCACCAAAAAGUGUUAAUACAGGAUUAAGCAGCAAAAACACGGGAAUGCCCAACAUAAUUCAAUUUGAAAAAAUUAGAUUAUUCCCUGAUUCAGAGGGCACAGAAAAAGCUCGACAUAAUAGUUCAAUGGAACUUAUUUUCAAAAUUUCAAAAUUUGGACAAAAAGAUGGUAUACCAUGCGCCGAUCAUGGAAAAGUUAGUUUUGAAUAUCUGGUUAAAGCUUUCGAAAAUGGAGUUAUUAAUAGACAUGAAUCUUUAAUUUGGAAACUUGGUCAAGCUUUGUGGGAUGAUGUCGUCAUUCCCGGUGCAGAUCAAACUGAUUCUAAAGUUUUAAGUGGAAUGAAACAAGAAUUUCGUAAAGAAUCAAUAUCAAGAUGGUUCCAAGAAGCCGUUUUACCUCAGGCAACAACUCAUAUUGAACGUGCAGUUGCAUCCAAAAAUAAUGGAGAAGCCAUUUUUGCUUAUUUAACGAAUAGAAAUAUUGUGAAUGCUUCAAAAAUGGCCAUAAAGAAUCGUGACUUUCGUUUGGCUGCAUUGUUAUCUCAAUUGUGUGGCAACAAUCCAUCCUUUCGAAAUUUUAUUAAAAAACAAAUUGAACAUUGGCAGGAAUAUGAAUUGAAAAAACUCAUUCCUAAAGAUCAUUGGAAGAUUUAUGAAAUCUUGGCUGGAAAUGUUGUACCUUCAAACAGAGGAAUUGAUUGGAAACGUGCUUUAUGUAUGCAUUUAUGGUAUGGACAUUAUUUGGGUGAAUCCUUUAAAGAUUCAUUUGAUGAUUAUGAACUUGCACGAAAAUCUUCAAAAACUUCAAAACCUAUACCAUGGUAUAAGGAAGAUUUCGAACCUAAGCCCCAGGUGACUUGGCCCGACUCAGAACAUGAAGAUGAAAUAUGUGAUGUACAUUAUCAUAUGUUAAAGAUUUAUGUUGAUAAAACCCAUUCUCUUGAUGAUGCGAUUCUUCCACGGUCAAUUACACUUUCACCCUUGGAUUAUCGUGUUACAUGGAUGUUGCAUUUUAUGCUUUCGCGUACAUUAUCAAUACGUCAUUUUGUUAACAAAAAACCGAGUGCAGAUCGUAUCACGCUGGAUUUGAUGAAUCAACUGGAAAUGUUAGAGUUAUGGCAAUGGGCCAUUCUUGUUGAAGAACAAUUAAGAAUCAUUGAAAAAUUCGCAGUUGAUCAAUUGAAAAUUCCACAAAAAUGGAUCUCUAAAGCAAAAGCUUUAUUUUCAAAAUACAAAGAAGAAAGUGUGGAUGAAGCGAAACAUUUAUUGGAUGCGGAAGAGUUUGCCGAUGCUCAUAAAAUAGUGAUAACUAAGAUUGCACCAGAAAAAAUAUUGCACAAAAAGCAUAAAGAAUUACAAGAAAUUCUUGAGAAGAUCGAUCCUAGUUUUGUACCUGAUUGGAAUUUGGGGGGGAAAAUAUUUCUGGAUUAUCUCAAAUUCAUUACGACUGGAAAGGUCGAUGAAAUAAAAAAUGAUCCCGUCAAAUUGACUGAUCUUAUGAGUGUUUGUCAAUCCAUUUUAAUUGGCCUUGGAAAAAUUAAACCCAUUGACUUUCAGUAUGAACAAUGUCUUUCGUAUAUGGGACAUUUGACGAAUCAGGUUCUAAAUCAAAUUGAAGGUUGUGAUAUCUCAAAAAUGAAAUUUAAACCAAUGGAUAAGAUUUAA